AUGCGUCCCGACGAUCCAAAAUGCUGGAUCGAAUACUUUUACGUUCCUGCCCUCAACACAACUCUUGACUCACGACUCAAUACCACUCUCAACUUCAUGGUUCGUCUCGCUAAUCCAAACAGUGACCAAGGAAUCUACUACGACGAUGUCCACCUUUCCUUCUCCAACACUACCAAUACCUCGAUCGCUAACUACACGGUGUCUCGAUUCUACCAAGGACUCAAGAAGAAAGCCAAGAAGUGGGGUCAGGUUCUGCCUUUGAACAAGCAUAGGGUUUUACGAGCGGUUUUGCCUAAUGGAUCGGCGGUUUUCCGGUUAGGUUUGAAGACGCAAGUGAGGUUCAAAAUUGCGUUUUGGAAAACAAAGAGGUAUGGGAUCGAGGUUGGUGCUGAUGUUGAAGUCAACAGAGAUGGUGUUAAAGCUUAUGAUAAAGGAAUUAGGAUGAGGAAAUAUGAUGUUUAA